CACGUAUCUAUUUUUGCCAUGCGUGUAGUAUAUAUGCAUAUUUAUAGUAUUAAAACACUAAAAAUUACAAGACAAAAAAUUAAUACUCAAAAAUCUUUUUUUUUGACAGAUAAUACUCAAAAGUCCAAGUUAUGGAGUUAAGCUCCAAUGUAACGGCUACAUGGAAAAUAUGUACAAUAUGUAGCUUAAUAGGCUGUUUGAUGCUCGUCUUUCUUCUUCGCGAAAAUGACCAAAACAUGCGUCUUUUUGAAGUUGAAAGCACGGUACUAGAAAUUGGACCGACUGAGGCAAUGAGCAUAAUUGUUAAGCCUUCGGAGCCUCCGCAACCUAUAGCUAGCGUCUUUGCCGAAUUGAUCCCGUGGUCUAAGAAUGUUACUUCUAAUGCCAUAGAGAAGCCAAAGGAAGUUUAUAGAAUUGAGAAAUCAAAUGUUAUGUACGUUAAUAACAUUGUAAAACGGCCAAUGAAGAAAAGUGAGAAGAAGUGUAAUAUGUUUGAUGGGAGAUGGGUUUACAAACCGGAUCAAGAUCCGAGCUACAACGUGAUGAAUUGUCCGUUUCUUGAAGAGAAGAUGAGCUGCCAGAGAAAUGGAAGGCCUGAUUUCGAGUACGAAAAAUGGGUAUGGAAGCCUAGUGGUUGUGACAUACCAUUGCUAAACGGAACAGACAUGGUGGAACGAUUUAGAAACAAGAGGGUGAUCUUAGUAGGAGACUCACUAAACCGAAACAUGUGGGAGUCGCUAGCGUGCAUUCUCUAUUCCUCCAUACCAAAUGCUUCAUCUAAGGCCGAGGUUCAUUCUCAAAAGAAAGUAUUGAAAACGUUCUUGAAAGUAAAGGAGGACUAUAAUUUCACAGUUGAAUUUUUUUGGAGCCCAUUUCUAGUAGAACUCAACAAACACCAUGAAAGUGGCAAAAAUGUUCUUGUGCUUGAUAAAUUGUCACCUAACUCUGAGUUGUGGCCUAAAGCUGAUAUUAUGGUAUUCAACUCUGGACAUUGGUGGGCUCAAAUUGGUAAAAAGAAAGCCUGGGAAUUGUUCGAAUACAGAGGAAAGCUGGUAAAAGAUAUGCCACUACACAUAGCAUACAAACGAGCAAUGAAGACAUGGGCAAAAUGGGUCGAAAAUAUUGUUGAUCAAACAAAAACAACCGUUUUCUUUAGGAGUAUUUCGGCUGAGCACAAAUCUCCACAGUACAAUCAAUGGUGCUAUACUAAAACCUACCCCAUCAUGGAUGAGUCCUAUAAGUCGUCGUUUCCUAAAUCCUUGAUUCGUGUUACCAAGAGCGUGAUCAAAGAAAUGUCGAGCAAAUCACAGGUUAAGUACUUGGACAUUACUAAAUUGUCGCAGUAUAGAAUAGAUGCACAUCCGUCAAUCUACAGGUACAAGGACUGGCAGAUUCGAGCUCAAAAGAAUAUGUAUAAUCUUACGCGUACUGCUGAUUGUGGGCAUUGGUGCCUUCCUGGAGUACCCGAUACUUGGAAUAGAUUGUUUUAUGCUUCCCUUUUCUUUGAUGAUUCAGGGGAAAUAUCUAGUUCUUAAGAAAAUAGCUUUAUAUUGAGUAAAAAGUUGUUCAGUUGAAAACUAUUAGCACUGCCAAAGCCAAAUAUCUCCAAAGCAGUGAUUUUGGCAAUGUUUGAAUUUGUUCUUAGAAAUUGAUUUGUUUUAUUGAAUUUGAUUGAUUCAA